CAUUACAAAUGGCCGACAUUUAUCACGACUUGGAGAUAAUGUGAAAGAGAUUUAUCUACUAGACUACAGAGAAGAGUUUGAAUCAACAACAAUGGACCAGGUACCAGAUACAGCCCAGCACUUUAUUGAGUGUGACACAGAAUCCUGUAGGAACUUCUCUGAAUUCUACUGCAAUACCUGUCAUCAGCGAAUCUGUGAUAAUUGCAAACAGCGCCAUCUACAGCAGAACAAUGGACAUGAGAUUGUCCUCUAUCACGAGAGGAAAAGAAAACUUCCUUCAGAGAAAUGCAGGAUCCACCCCACACAAGAUAUAGAUGUUUACUGUGAUGAUUGCCAGGAUCCUGUCUGUUCUAUAUGCUUUGAGCAACAUCACAGUGUCCAUGAUAAAAGUGACCUAGAAAUCAUCUACAAUGACAUUCUACAGCAAUGUAAGAAAGGAAUAACUGAGAUUUGGAAAGCAGUUAUUCCUGAAGCUAAAAAUAAUGUUGAAUUAAUUGGGAAAAAGAGAGAAAAUGUCAAAAAAGAAAUUGCCAAGUUUAGAGUUUACAUGACGAAGAGAGCAGAUGAACUGAAAAAGGCUGUUGAUAGUAUACUAAAUGAUAAUAACAAAAAACUGGAUGAGAUUGAGAACUCUGUCCUAAAUGAAAUGAGAGAACAACAGAAGAAAACAGAGGAAUGUAUAGAAUACCUGGAAAAAAUGAUUGCAGAUUAUGAGAGUAAAAUACCUUCCAUUAAACAGAAAGAACUCAUGAAGUUCCAGUUAGACAUUUCAUUAGCUACCCUGAAAAUGCCUAGCAAAUCUGAACCAAAACUGCCAAUUUUUACAUUAGGUAAAGUAAAUAAACAAGAAAUAGUCAAACAGUUUUGUGAAAUUGAACUCGGUUCAUCAGAAAGGUUUAUGCUUUCUUCUGUCGGAAAAGUAAGCGAAACAACUAUUCAGGAACCUGGAACUUUCCACUUGUCUCCCUUGCCCCCCAAUAAAUUUUGGGCUACUGAUAACUUUAGAAAUCUCAUUCAGUAUGACAUGGAAGGAAAUAUCCUGCAGAAAAUAUCCACCAGUAGGAUUUAUAUCCAAGAUGGUAACCACACAGUCACAACAGAGGGAGAACUUCUUUACACAGAAAACAGUGAAAGAAUCAUCUUCAGAGUCUCUAGUGACAUGUCCACUAUCACACAUAUCCAAACAGGGAGCUGGAUACCUGGAGCCAUCUACUCCUCUCCUAUCAAUAGAAACAUAUUAGUUGGGAUGCUUACAAAGUCAAUCAGUAAAAUAACCAGAUACAACAAAGAAGGAAGAAAGCUGCAGGAUAUAGAGUGGGAUGAUAAAGGACAAAGGCUAUAUCAAAGUGCACUUUACAUCACAGAGAAUAUCAAUGGUGACAUCUGUGCAUCAGACUAUAAGGCCAAAAAGGUGGUGGUGGUGACUGCAUCAGGAGAGUACCUGUUCUCUUACUCUGGCCAUCACUCUCAGUCUGAAUUUCGCCCAACUGGAAUCUGUACAGAUGUCCUUGGACAUAUUUUAGUGUGUAAUAGCUAUUAUUCAUUAAAUGAGAAUUUCUCUAGUGUCCACCUAUUGGACAUCAAUGGUCAGUUCCUGUCUCUUCUACUCACACCAGAACAAUGUCCUCCAUCUCCCCGUGCUCUCUGUAUUGAUGAUCAACACAAUCUGUGGGUCGGGGAAUUAGAAAGUUCCACUGUCUAUGUGUACAAGUAUUUGAAGAACACAGAAAUAUGACAUUUUAUAUACUGUAUAAUUAAUUGUUUAUGCUUGAUCACUUUGUGUUACAAACAGCCUCUCAUAGUACUAGUUAAGAAAUGAAUAACAUCAAAAGUUAAAAAGCUCAAUGGAAUAUGAACUUAAUUAGUUACAUGUCUUUGACCAAAUUCUUUGGGGAUCAUAGGGCUUCCCAAUAGAUUUGAUAAUCUUUACCUUAACCUUGUUGUUGAAUACUUAUAUCUACAUUUGAGACAAAUAUUACUCAAACACCAAGCCAGAUAUGUUAUGACUACCCACAGAUA